AUGAUCUCCACAAAUGAGCCAGGCGAGCAUGAAGUUGUGGUAGGGGGUAACCACACCGUGUCUGCUGUGGCAGAAGACAUCACGACAUUGGAAGUCGACGCCAUUGUGAAUGCAGCCAACGAAAACAUGCAACACAUCGGUGGAGUGGCCAAGAGGAUUGUUUCCAGAGGAGGUCAAGAGAUACAGAGCGAGUGCUACAAUAUUCUCAAAGCCAGAGGCAAGCUGUCUGAAGGAGAUGUGCUGGUGUCAGGCCCAGGAAAGCUUCCCUGCAAGUCCAUCAUCCAUGCAGUUGGGCCUCGGUAUAAGGGAGGCAACAAAGGCGAGGAGCAAUGUCUGCAGGCUACAGUGUUACAGUGUCUGAAGACUGCCUCUGACCUGGACUACACCUCCAUUGCCCUCCCAGCCAUCAGUUCCGGAGUUUUUGGCUACCCUGUUGAAGAGGCCACUCGUGUUAUUGUGGAGGCUGUUCAGCUUUUCUUUGAUACCAAUCCCAACAGCAGCAUCAGGAAUGUUCUACUUUGCGAUAUUUUGCAAAAUACUGUAAAAAGUUUCCAGUUGGCUCUGACUAUGGCCUCUUAUCACAAGGUGCCAACCACCGCGACACGGGAUGCAGAGUUGAAGAGCAUCCAGCGAAUUGCAAUGCAAGAGGUCGAUGUCAUUGUAAACUCGGCAGCUGCCAGCUUGAGUCUGAAUAAAGGUGCCAUUUCUUCAUCCAUUGCAACUGCUGCCGGUCCUGAUCUUCAGAAAGAAUGCCAUUUGAAAUACCCUAAGGGCAUUGCUGAAGGAGAUAUGGCAUGUACUGGGGGACACAACCUUGCCUGCAAGACAAUAUUGCACCUUGCUCUCAGCCAUUGGACCCCUGACAAAGCCGCACAGAUUUUAACAGAAGCUGGAGUCUCAGUUGAAAUGUGUCUGAAAGAGGCCAGCAUCCACCAGUUCUCCACCAUCGCCAUCCCUGCUCUGGGUACAGGAAACCUUGGCUUUCCUCGCGAUGUGGUGGCCCGCACUAUGCUCACCACUGUCAGCCGAUUUCCACAGAAGUUUCCCAACACAAGUUUGAAAGAAGUGCGGGUUGUGCUUUUCAAGGACCCAGAAACAAUGCAGGCUUUCCGCACGGAACAGAAGAGAAUGGCUGGUGAAGAAAUCGAAAACAUUCUCCCCCAAAAAAUUGAAACAAGUAUUCCAGAUGCUUUCUGUGGUGACCAGUCUGAUGAGGAUACAACUGAUUGCUCAGAGGACGAAGUAUGGGAUUCUCUUGAAACAGCUCCUCCCAAGGGUUCGGAAAAGUCAAAGGUUGCUGCUCGGAAACAACCGAUACCCGAGGCUGUGACACUGUACAUCUAUGCAGCUGACAGUAAAAGAGUAGCAAAUAUUAUGAAAGAAUUUACGAUUUUCGUGAAUGGAAAGUUCAUUACCAAGUCAGUAGAGCACAUGAACAAACUGUCCGAUGAAGAGGUAACUAGGAAAUCUGCGAAAGGAUAUUUUUUUGUAAAGCUGAAGGGGAUGCGAGAAGAUGUUGAUAUGGCAACCAGAGAAAUUUUCAGGAUCCAGAACAUGGCUGAACAGAAGAAGCAGGAAACUCUGACAGCCAACUUGGUCCAGUGGUACUACAUCAAGGAGACAUCUACAGGAGUUGAGCGAAAAUCAUUUGACAAGAGCGAUAAUAUGGUGAUAGAGCAUGCCUAUCAAAGCAAGAAGACAAGUGUUUACCUUUACCGCGGCAGUACAUUUGAAGUCGAUUUCACAGAGAUGGAGGUGAACCCCAGAGAUAAUCCAGAGAAUAAGCUAAAAGUCAUGAGAAAAGAAAUAAUUGAAGACAUUGCCAGUAGUAUGAGCAUGCUGCCUGAGACGUGGGAACUACAUGCAAAGAGUGAAACUACCAAACUAGUUACCCUCAACAAAUCGAGUCCUGAAUAUAUCAGUGUUUGUGACGGGAUGCUACGCACAAGCGGAGGACCGAUACAUGUCCUUCAGAUUCAGCGCGUGCAGAACCCUGAACUUUACCAGCAGUACAUGGCAAAGAAAGCUCGUAUGAGUAAAGAUAACAGGGCGGUAGAGCUGGAAAGGACAUUGUGGCAUGGAACAUCAGGUGAUAACACCAGGAACAUUAACCUGUAUGGCUUCAACCGCAGCUACUGUGGCAAAAAUGCUACAUGCUUUGGAGAUGGCGUGUAUUUCGCCGUUGAGGCUUCCUACUCGUUACAAACAACAUAUUCUCCAAAAGAUAUCACUGGAAAAAGAUUUCUGUAUCAGUGCAAAGUUCUGACGGGAUCCUACACAAAAGGGCAUUCAGGCAUGAAAGUCCUCCCUGUACGAGCAGGAGAGGAGAGGUAUGACUCUGCCACCAAUAGUACGAUCAGCCCUUCCAUGUUUGUCAUCUUCCACGAUGCCCAAGCUUACCCGGAGUAUCUGAUUACCUUCCGGUAAUAGUCCAUGGGAUCAUAGUCCCUUGUUGAAAAAAUAGAAGAAAUCCUUAAUGCCAAAGUCAGAGGUCCACAGAACUCUUUUCUUUUGUAACUGUCAACAGUCAUUACUUGGAUUUUGUGGUGCAUAAGCUGCUAACUCUUUUACAAAACAUUUUGUUACUAAUGUAAUCCAUUAAAUGUUGGCAAAGUCCUCUUUAAAGCUCAGCUUUGAAAAGUACACAGACACAACAGUUUCUUCCGUUUGCUGCCCCUCUAGAAGCCCUGAAACACACAGCUAAAAGAAAGAAAAAAAAAUUUGAAAGAAAAAAUACAGUCCUUAGAAGCUAAAAAUCAUAUUAGCUAUUAAAAAAGUCAUCAACAGCUGCUAAAUUCAUUAGUUACAGCAAAAACACCAAGCUUCCAAAAUCAGCUGACUUAUUUAUACCAUCUUCCUAUAUGUGUAGUCAUGAACAAACGCUAAAUAAUAAACAAGAAGGUAACAAUGGCAGUGACAGUGGCAGUGACAGUGGCAGUCCUGCUGUUAGCUGUUCUCAACAAGUAGUCUUAGACUGUCUCUAGUACUGCUACUCCAAACCAAAUGAUCUGUGAUACGGACGAGUGCUAAUUUGAAUUAAAAUGUCUGAAUACAUCAGGAAAAGUGACUACCCUACAUCACGUGACCCCGACUUGUAGCAGCGCCUCUACAGGUCACACAGUGCAAUACCUGUAGGUCACAUGUGGGAGGCUGGCUCACCUUUUCCGCACAGCGCACUUUGCCGUUUAUUUAAAUCAAAACUUAGUACAGGAGAACCUCACUGCCAAGGUACUCGAACACUUGACUGUAUAACACUUACACUGGCUUUUUACCCACCUGUGUUUAUGCCCACCGUUUAUUAAAAGGCAGAAAAUUACUAUCGCUCAAAA